AUGGACGUGAAGAAGCUGUUCAAGCUGCCAGAACUGCCCUCUGCGGCGGUCAACAAGCGAAAGUGGUCGGCACCCAAGCCAGACGACUCCGCCUCCUCAUCCUCCACUGUUGUCGAAGCUGGGCCAUCCAGCCCCGACCCGCGACCGGCCAAAGCAGCCCGCGUGGACGACGACGAUCUUUCCGAUGCCACCGUCGAAGAUGACACGCACUUCUUUUCGGAUGACGACCAGGAAGACGGCCGUUUCUUCGGCGGCGGUCUCACAGCCGAACAAUCCACCAUCCUCGACAUCAUGGACCGCGCCCCUUCCCCCACUUCUUCCCAAAACGACCUGCCCGGGCUGCGCAAGCAGCUGCUGCGUUUCGAGCGCGCCAUCAAUCGAAACGCCGAGAUGCGCGUCAAGCACGCGACCGACCCAGCACGGUUCAUCGACUCCGAGGCGGAUCUGGAUGCCGAGCUGAAGGGGUUGUUGGUGCUGACCACCCAGCCGGCGGUGUUCUAUGGCGAGUUCGUGCGCUUGGGCGGGCCAGCGAGCCUGGUGGGACUGCUGAGCCACGAAAAUGCCGACAUUGCCGCAGCGGCGAUCGAAGUGAUCGAAGAGCUCACCGACGAGGAUGUUCUGACCCAGGGCGAGGACGAGGAUGCAUCACAAGCGGGGGAGGCGAUGACCGAGUUGGUGGAGGCGUUGUUGAAACAGAGCUUGCUGGAUCUGCUCGUAUCCAAUCUCGGGCGCUUUCACGAUGUGUUGGAUGCGGAGGUCGCAGAGGAGGAGAGAGCAGCGAAAGCGAUUGAGGCGGAAAACGAUGCCCAGGCGAUCUACCAUACUUUGGGCGCGAUAGAGAAUCUCAUCUCCUCAGGGGCGGUGGGCGAACGACUGGUGGCAGAAACAUCGUUCCUCUCAUGGACAUUGUCGAGGCUGGCGGCGAAGCGUCCGAUCGACCAAAACACGAGCUACACCGCCGAGAUCCUCGCCAUCCUCCUCCAAACCUCUCCGGCCAACCGAUCCAAGCUCGGCAGCACCAAAGUCGACGACGAGACCGGCAUCGACGUGCUUCUAAGCGUUCUCGCGCGGUAUCGACGAACACCACCCACGGGAGCGGAAGAAGAGGAGUUUGUGGAAAACAUUGUCGACUGCCUCUGCCUAUCACUGUCGGAGUCGGACAACAAGAGGCGGUUCCUCGAUGGAGAGGGUGUGGAGCUCAUGGUGCUGCUGAUGAAGGAGAAGCGGUCGUUUGCGCGGGUGCGCGCGGUCAAGGUGUUGGACCACGCGAUGUCGGGUUCGACUGGUGCGGGUGUGGCGGGAAAGAUUGUCGAGGCGAAAGGUCUCAACCCGCUGUUCGGCGUGUUCGGCGAGUGUGGCGAGGACAAGAGGCGAAAGGGUGCAACAGUGACGCUGCAGGACGCAGAGCAUAUUUUGGGGAUCGUGGGGUCGUUGUUGACGCAUCUACCGUCGGAGUCGAUGGAGCGGUUGAGGGUGCUAGCGCAGUUUGUGAAGGACGAUUAUGCGGGGUUGGAUCAUCUGCUGGAUCUCCGGGAGACACUGGUAGGGAGAGUUGGGGCGAGUGCGGGGGAAGAAGAAGAGGACGAGGAGGAGGAGUAUCUGGCAAGGCUAGAGAGGGGUCUGUUCAGCCUGCAGCUGCUCGACACGGUGCUCGCGUGGGUGGUGAUGGAGGAUGACGCGUGCAAGGAUCAUGUGAAGGUGAUGUUGAGAAGGCAAGGGCUAGGAUUUGCGGACGUAACGGCGACACUGAGGGAGUACAGGGAGAACGUGGGUGAUCAGCUGGCGGUGGAGGGCGAACAAGGAGAGGAAGGCUUGAGGACGAGCGACAUCCUCACUGCGCUCAUCGAGUAUCUCGAAAGCCUGUAG